AUGGGUUUCACCGAUUUCGUUUCUGACGCUGGCCUCACUCUUGCCAACAACUGGUUCGCCACCAGGAGCUACGUUAUUGGCGACGCUCCUUCUCAGGCCGAUGUCGUGACCUUCAAGGCCUUCUCCGGCGCCCCUGACGCCGAGAAGUACCCUCACGUUGCCCGCUGGUACAAGCACAUUGCUUCCCACGAGGCUGACUUCGCCACUCUCCCUGGUGAUGCCUCCAAGCCCCACACCACCUACGGCCCUGAGUCCACCGAGCUCCCCACCAACCCUAAGGACAAGCCCGCCGCCGAUGAUGAUGACGACAUGGACCUCUUCGGCAGUGACGACGAGGAGGAGGAGGAUCCUGAGGUCGCCAAGAAGCACGCAGAGAACCUUGCUGCGUACCAGGCCAAGAAGGCGGCCAAGGGCCCCAAGCCCGCUGCCAAGUCCAUUGUCACUCUUGAGGUCAAGCCUUGGGAUGAUGAGACCAACCUUGAGGAGAUGGAGGCCAACGUCCGUGCUAUUGAAAAGGAUGGCCUUGUCUGGAGUGCCUCCAAGUGGGUUGCUAUUGGCUACGGUAUCAAGAAGCUCCAGAUCAACCUGGUCGUUGAGGACGAGAAGAUCUCCCUCGACGAGCUCCAGCAGGAGAUCGAGGAGGAUGAGGAUCACGUCCAGUCCACCGAUAUCGCUGCUAUGCAGAAGCUGUAA